AUGAGCAACUUUAAAGCAAACAAUCAAAAGAGAAAAUGGAAUCUUGAAAUAUCAUCAUCAUCAGGAGGUGGUAAUAAUAAUAGUUUAACAAAACAAUCAUUACUACUUGGUGGAUCAUCAUCACAAACAUAUAUAGCAUCAUCGUCAUCAUCAUCUACUGGUUCAACACCUUCUACACAAAAUACAGACUUGUUGGUUAAAAAAGCAUGGGAAUUGGCAAAGUCACCGGCAAAGAGUAUAUUCAUGACUGGUUUUCUAUUGUGGAUGAUUGGUAAUGUAUUUAUAAGAUUUAAAGAAAUUCAAGAUAAAAUAUUUGUUAUGAAGAUUACAUAUAUAGUUAUACAAUUGGCAUUGUUGGGUGUUGCAUUAAAUCUUUGGAAUUUUCAAUAG